AUGGUCUUGCACAGGAUGAGGGACCUGCUGGAGAGGCUGCCCUGGGCUGUGGCCUCCCUUCUGGGCUGCACCCUCAUCCAGUUUACCUCAGUCCUACAAGCAAACCCCAGGACAGCAGCCCUGGACAAGCCACAGCACCACCCUCUGCCUGAACACAGAACUGACCAAGGUGCAAAGGAGAAGAUGGUGACCAUUGUGGUGACCAUUCGUCUUCACAAAGAGCUCCUUAAGGCAUUGCUCGGGGCCUUGAGUGACCUUGAGGACAAUAACUUCGAGCUAUUGAAGUUCCACUUACAGGAUGGAAACCUGCUGGAGGGCCAGUGCCACCUGGCCCGAGGGGAGAUGGAGGGUCUGAGUUGGGUGGAUCUGGCUCCAUGGCUGAUCUAAAUGUGUGGAGCCCAGGAGGCUGUGAAAGUGGUGCUCAAGGUCUUGACAGUCAUGAACCAGUUGGAGCUCGUGGACUAGCUCAGCCACAUGUGUCUGAAUGAUUAUGGAGAAAUGUACCGAGAGCAUGUGCACGGCCUAGAGAAGUGGCAAGAAGGGGGCGAGGGCGGCUACAACCAGCUGCUCCUGAUGGCCACGCCCAGCUCAGGGAGCCCAGUGUCAUCUGCCUGUCUGCCCCCCCACUGUGACUCUGUUACAGUGGAGGCUCUAUUACAUCCAGGGGGAAAGUCCUCCCAGGUCCCACCCAUAAUGGUGCUACAGGGGUCGGCUGGCAUGGGAAAGACAACACUGGAGAAAAUGGUGCUGGACUGGGCCACUGGGACCCUGUACCCGGGCCAGUUGGAUGAUGUCUUUUAUGUGAGCUGCAGAGAAGUGGUCCUGCUGCCGGAGGGCAGACUGGACCAGCUCCUCUUCUGGCGUUGUGAGGAAAAUCAAGCGCCCAUCACAGAGAUUCUGAGGCAGCUGGAGUGGCUCCUGUUCAUCCUGGGUGACUGCGAUAAGCUGCAGAGGCCCUUUGCAGAGAGGUUGAAGAGGCCGAGGUCCAGUCCCACGGAGGAUGUGCUGCACCUUCUGACGGGGAGGAAUGCUAAUGCUCCCAGGUCCGCCCUUCUCAUCACCACCUGGGCGCUGGCUUUGUGAAAUUUGGAGUCCUUGCUGAGACAUCCACACCAUGUCCACAUCCUAGAGAAGCCUGAGAGGAAGAGGUAUUUCAACUCCUACUUCACAGAUGAGGAGCAAGCCAGAAAUGCCCUUGACAUUGUACAAAGAAAUGAUGUUCUCAACAAAGCAUGUCAGGUUCCAGGCAUUUGCUGCGUGGUCUGCUCCUGGCUGAAGGGGCAGAUAGAGCAAGGCAGAGAGGUCUUGGAGAUGUCCGGUAAUUGCACUGACAUCUUCAUGGCCUACAUCUCCACCUUCCUGCCCCACAGUGCCCCUGGGGUCUGCUCUGAGCUUACCCGGGACAAGGUCCUGAGGCUGUGCCCCUUGGCAGCUGAGGGCAUCGUGUUUGAAGAAGGUGACCUCAGGAAGCACAGUUUAGAUGGGCUCAGCCUUCCUGCUUUCGUGAGCAGCAACAGUUACCAAGAGGGACUUGACAUCAAGAAGUACAGCUUUUACCCCAUUAGCUUAGGAAUUUUUCAUGCCAUGUCUUACCUGGUGGAAGAGGACCAGAGCCAGCUGGCAGGGGGAGAGUGCUGCAGAGAAGUGAAUAGGCUGCUAGAUGAAAAGAAGCAGACAGGGAGUGAGGUGAUGGCCCUCAGUAUGCAGAUUUUAUUGGACAUAUCGAAAAAAGAGGGCUCCUCGAACUGGGAGCUAAAGUUCUGCCUCAAAAUUUCUCCCUCAAUAAAGCAGGAUCUGAAGUGUUUUAAAGAACGAAUGGAUUCUAUAAAGCAUUUCAGGACUUGGGAUUUGGAAUUCUCCCUGUAUGAAUCUAAAGUAAAGGGUUUGAUAAAGGGUGUUCAGAUGAGUGAUGUAUCGUUUAAGAUGGAACAUUUCAGUGAAAAGAAAUUCCAUAGAAGGAACUCAUUUUCUGUCAAAACCAGCUUGAGUAAUGGACACAAUAAAGAGGAGAAAAAAUGUCCAAUUGUGGGCAAAAGUAAUAGAGCAGGGAUCCAAAAGUCAACGUCUAAUGGAAAAGGCAGAGGGACAGAGGAACUAGAGACAAGGAGAUUAGGAGCAGCAGGACGUGGGGCAGAGGAAUGGGGACAGUAGAGAUGAAGGGUCAGGAGAAUGGUGGGGUGGAGGGACAGGAGGACGGGAGAAGACAGAGAGUAGGAAGGAAUGGAGAGAUGUGAGAUCAGACUAAUGCAUACUGGAAGGAGUAGAAGGACAGAAGAGCAAAAAGAAAGAGUUUAGAUAAUGGAGGAUCAGAAGACUUGGAACAUAGGACAUGGGGAAAGGCCACGUGGAAUGAGCCCUUAGGAACAACCACUUUUGCCAUCAAUGGCUCAAAUUCACUUAUUUAGCACCCAUCCCCCCACUCCAGGC